AUGGGCGAGGCCAUAAUCGAUGCAGUUGCAAAGAAGCCAUUAACUAACUCUGCUUUUGUUUUGCGAAAUAGUGUGAAAUUGUUUGAUUUACAAGAAAAGUGGGAUGAUAGAACAAAGAAGAAGCGAGGAUGCAUCGACAAGAAGCCUUUAAUGCUCAUUGUCCCUGAUAUUCAUGAUGUUUAUACACCUCUCCAUACUGAUGUAGUCGUUCCUCUUACUGAGUGCCGCCAAAGUGUGGAACAGUUGCUAGAGAGCAUCCCAAGCCUGUUUGAAAAUAAUAAGGUUUCUGAUUCUGCAUUUGGUGCUGCUAUCAAGGCUGGAUUCUUGGCGCUUAAACCUACUGGAGGAAAGCUUCUUGUUUUUCAGUCAGUCUUGCCAUCAGUUGGUAUUGGAUCUCUUUCUUCCAGAGAAGCUGAAGGAAGAACUAAUGUUUCUGCUGGUGAUAAGGAGGCACAUAAGUUGCUCCAACCAGCAGACAAGACACUGAAAACAAUGGCCAUUGAGUUUGCUGAGUACCAGGUUUGUGUUGAUAUAUUUAUCAACGCACAGACUUUUGUGGACAUUGCUUCCAUUUCUGUUGUUCCUGGAACCACAGGAGGACAGGUAUAUUAUUAUUAUCCAUUUUCCGCUCUCUCUGAUCCUGGGAAACUCUACAAUGAUCUUAGAUGGAACUUAAGUAGACCCCAAGGUUUCGAGGCAGUGAUGCGUGUUAGAUGCAGCCAGGGCCUUCAAGUUCAGGAAUAUGCUGGAAGCUUUUGCAAGCGUAUUCCCACUGAUAUUGAUCUUCCUGCGAUAGACUGCGAGAAAACAAUAAUGGUCACUUUCAAACAUGAUGAUAAAUUCCAGGAGAAUUCAGAAUGUGCCUUUCAGUGUGCACUUCUUUACACUACUGUGUAUGGGGAAAGAAGAAUUAGGGUCAUAAACCUCUCCCUUCCUUGCACUAGCAUGCUUACUAAUCUUUUCCGCACAGCUGACUUGGAUACUCAGUUUGCUUGUAUUCUCAAGCAAGCUGCAAGCAGCAUCCCAGUGAACUCUCUUUCUCAAGUUCGUGAACAAAUCACAAACCUAUGCAUCAACAUCCUACAUGCCUACCGUAAGUUUUGCGCGACAGUAUCAUCUUCAGGCCAGCUAAUUCUUCCUGAAGCUCUUAAGCUAUUGCCUCUAUAUACUCUAGCUUUAGUUAAAAGCAUUGGUUUGCGAAAUGAUGGCCGGUUUGAUGAUCAUUCUUACUGGGCUAGCCAUGUUAUGUCACUUUCCAUUUCAUUAGCUGUUCCUUUAGUAUAUCCCAGAAUGAUAUCUAUUCAUGAUCUUACUUCUAAGGAAAAUGCUGGUUCCCUUUCAUCUUCCAAUAUUCCUCUUUCAAGUGAGCACAUUAAUGAUGAUGGAAUAUAUCUACUGGAAAAUGGUGAAGAUUGCUUAAUCUAUGUUGGAGAUAUGGUCAACCCAGACACACUUCAGAAAUUGUUUGGAGUUACUUCUGUGGAUGGACUUCCAACUCAGGUUCAACUAGCUGCGUUCUAA